AUGAAGGUCGUCGACACUUCGUCGUCGACGGAGAAAACCUCACUUGUCGCACAGAUUGUCGCCUUUGUGACCAGCAAUUUCCUGCUUGUUGCGGUUCUCGCGCUCGUCGGCAGAUGUCUGUACAAGAAAUACGCGUCGCCCCUAAGAAAUGUGCCCGGCCCAUGGCUUGCCUCGGUAUCUAGAUUAUGGAAAGUGUGGAGUACUUACAAUGGUCACACCGAGCUCGAUCAUAUAGCUCUACAUAAGAAAUAUGGACCCGUCGUUCGGACAGCACCAAAUGAAGUCUCCUUCGGCACUUGCAACGCCGCCAAGGACAUCUUUGCUGUGGGCAAAGGUUUCCACAAGACCAUGUUCUACAGCGUCUUCCCACCAAAGCACGCACCUGAUAUCUUCACCGAAGUCCGAGAAUGGAAGCACGCACAGAUGAAACGCUACGCGGUGGUACCAUACAGUCUGCCUCAGAUGCAGAAGCGUUCCGAGCCCAUUGAAGGCAUGAUCAAGCUCUUGAUGGAGCAUCUUGAGAAGUAUGCCACGGACAACAAACGGGUGUGCAACUUGGGUAAUUUAUUGCAUUAUUUCGCCUUCGACGUGCUCGGUGAAGUCGCAUUCUCCCGUCAAUUUGGGUUUCUCGAGCAAGAGUAUGAUGUUGAGGGUUCGAUAAAGAACAUUGAUGAUGUGCAGUGGUAUGACGGCAUCGUCGGCCACAUCGCCGAAUUCGAUAUCUUCCUUCGAAACAACCCAAUCCGAAAAUACUUGCCCGGGAGGUUCCAGAUGCAGCCCACCACCAUGACGAAAAUUGCUGUCGCUGAGCUAGAGAAACGUAAGCAGAAAGACGGCAACUAUGACUCUCAGGGCAUCGAUCUUCUAGCGGAGCUGUUGAGGGCUCAUGAGGGCAACUCUGAAAAGUUCUCGAUCAACGAUGUGUUCAGUAUCGCUCAUGGCGCAGUCUUCGCGGGGUCCGACUCGACCGCUUCAACAAUGCAAUCGUUCUUCUACCUCGUCUUGAAUGCUCCGAAAGUGUAUGACAAGCUCACAAAAGAAAUCAACGAAGCCCAAGAAGCUGGCAAGCUUUCCGAGAUCGUCACCUAUGCCGAAGCCCAGGCUCUGCCUUAUUUCCAGGCCUGUCUGAAAGAAGCCAUGCGAGUACGCCCCGCCGUCGGGCUGGGCAUCUAUCGCAGGACACCCCCUGAAGGUGUGGAGAUUGAUGGUAAAUACUACCCCGGUGGUGUCGAGGUUGCGGUGAAUGGAUGGGUGCUUCACCGCGAUGCUGCGAUUUUCGGAGACGAUGUCGAGGAGUACAGGCCGGAGCGGUGGUUUGAGAGAGAUGCGAAAUUGAUGGGUUCACAUCUGUAUCAGUUUGGAGGCGGCUCCCACCUCUGCAUCGGUCGCAACCUUGCCUUGUUCGAGAUGAACAAGACCCUUAUCCAGAUUCUCAGGGAAUACGAUGUGACGCUUGUGCAUCCCGGUCGGCCGUUGCAGUAUCAUUCGACAUUCUUCGUGGUGCAGGAGGGACUGGAGGUCUAUCUGCGGAAGAGGAGCGAUAAGGCUCAAUAG